GAAGCAGACCGCCGAGCCUUGUGUGCGGUUAGCUCGGAGCUAAAGCUAAAAACAGUUUGUUAAAAUGUCCAAAAGCCAAACACUGAGAGCUUUGGUGAAUGAGCGGCUGACUGCGGCUGCUGAAGAGAUCUUUGCGCUGUUUGAAAGAACGAUAGCGGAGUAUGAGGAGGAAGUGUGUCGCUCUAAAGAGGAGAACCAGAGGAAACAGGAGCUCCUGGACUCGAUACUGAGCCCCUCAAAGAGUCCAGGCCCCGGUCUGAACCAGGACCCUUCACACACUCCACGGAUUAAAGAGGAGCCAGAGGAGCCGAGCAUCAAACAGGAGGAACACACGCUCCUAGUGCAGUCUCCCCCACCCCAGGUGUCAGUGGGCGUCCCAGAGUCCAGUGCUGUUUGUGUGAAGACAGAAGAGUCCUCACUGCUUCAACAAAGACAAACUGACCUCAGAGAAGAAACACAGGGAGAGAACAUCAGCACAGAGACACAUUUACACUCAGAGACUGAGGGAGACACAGAGCACUCCUCUGACACUGAUAAUGAAGACUGGAGAGCUCCACUCAGCUUUUCAACUGCACAGAUGGAGACAGACGCUGAUGGAGACCACGACAACCAAGUCCAGAACUCUGGUCUAUCCCCCAAAUACAAGUCUGCACCAGAGACCAGUGCCACUGUGAACAAUAGAAACAUGUCAGGAACAGCAGAAGGAGCUAAGGGCAAGAAACACCAGUGCUCUGUGUGUCAAAAGAGGUUUGGGACUAAGUGGCAUUUACAAAGACACAUUAUAAUUCACCCAGGAGAGAAACCAUUCAGCUGUUCAACCUGUGAGAAAAUAUUCAACCGAAAGACCAGUCUAGAUAAACAUGAAAAGCUACACACAAAGAAACCAUUCAGCUGUUCAACGUGCAAGAGAUCAUUUACAUCAAAAGGUUUUCUAGCUCUACAUGUAAAGGGACACCUGGAUGAAAAAACAUACAGCUGUUUAAUUUGUGAGAAGUCAUUUUCUCAAAAGUGUGAUCUAAAUAAACAUGUGAGAACGCACACAGGUGAACGACCUUACAGGUGUUCAACGUGUGAAAAGACAUUUUCUUACAAGUGUAGACUAAAUGUGCAUGUGAAGACGCACAGGUGAACGACCCUACAGGUGUCCCAUUUGUAAUAAAGGGUUUAUACAGAGACAUCAUUUGAAUAUGCACCUGAGAACUCACAGAACAGAGCGUGACUGAAGGAUUAUUGAUUGUGUUCAUGAGAUGUUUUAAAGAGCCUAAAUUGUGUUUUGGAGUUUGCUGCUGAAGAUUCAAAAUACAGAUGUUUGGACCAGAUCAGCUCUUGUAUCUGAUUUUGAACCAUAACAGAGAAACAACCCUCUGAGAGUCACAGGCAGCUGCUUCUACACUUUUACAACACACUGCAUGAUGUAAAGGUUUUUCUCCUGAACGAUAAGAAAAGCUGGUUUUGAUUUGGACUGAUUCUCUUCAUAGCUGCAUUACACCGAAGCAAGCGGCACAUUUUCGUGUUUUAAGUGUUUCAGUUUAUUUGUCUUUUGUGUGUAACACUGGAGUAGAGAUUUUUCAGAAAAUUUGCUGGAAUGUCUUUAAAAGAUCUUCAAGUACAAUAUUGUAAGAGUUUUUAAGUACCAAUACG